GCUGGCUUGACCUUGUCUCGUAAGUUCAGUUGUUACCUUACUCUCUUCAAGGCGCUGGUGUGUCUCUUAACUUUCGUACGGUGUAAUAAGUUAUUGGAAGAAGCAGUUCUCCAGAUUUUUAUACUUUUGGUGCUCAAGGGUUACUGAACCAGAAGGGUUCUGGCAUUUGCAAGCAAUUAACUCUCUACAUUGAUUUAUUGGUACAAAAAAAAAAAAAAAAAAAUGGGCAGCCGCAACUACCAAGACACACCAAUGCCACGUCGUCAUAGUCUGUUGGACGUCACUCUCGCUCCAAAAUGGCGGCACAGGAGUCAUUCGUUGAGUCUCGUCAAUGUGUCUGGAUUUUCGCCAGGAUUAAGUCAGAUGAGCACGAGUGGCAGCCAGAGAACGCCAGCCACCCCUUGUUUCGUCAGUCCUCGAAUGGCCUUUUCCACGCAGUUCUCUUACGACUCUCCCAUACAGAUCCUGACCUCCAGCAACCCUCGCAUCCUAACCCCUGGCAUGGUGUCCCAACUGAAAGGGCGGUUCUCCAUGAAGAGGCUGUCCCGUCGCUGGAAGAUCGUGUUGAUCAUGUUCUUCACCGCUCUCGGCGCUGGCCUCUUCAUAAGCAGGAAGAUGGGCGAAAUUUCAAGCAUGAACAAGAGUUCUUGUGAAGACGGUGGGCACGGAUGUGAACCGGACCACCGCCAUCCAGGACUCGCCGAGAGAUUCAUGGAUGUAGUUUCCAUCGACAAAGUCCACGAGCACAUCCACACCCUAGCGAGAGGCCUGCGCAAGAGCCUGGAAGGGGAGGAGGGGCAGCAGCAGGGAGAGCCGGCAGGACAGGAACACGAGACUGAAAACGAGGACGAUCAGACGCUCGAGGAGACUUCGCUCGACACGGGGACCACCACAGAAGACUUGGAAGAACAAGAGCAAGAGCAAAAUGAACUAGAUGAUGAAUGGGUGUUGGACGUUCCCGACAGGUACCCGAGAGGUCUAAGAGAACAGACCACAUACGGGACGAGAAAUUCUGAAGGUGGACGAAAGAUGGUUGAAUCAGAGUACGAAGAGGACGGGGAAGACGCUCCUGCCCCGAGCCAAAGGGCGUCGCACCUCGCACCCCAGCAGAGGCAGCAGGAGGUGACCAACAGGCGAACAGGAAGUCCCCCAAAGAAAAUAGUAGCAGCCCAGAGCAGGGUGCAGGGAAGGCCUUCGUCCGCCAGGUCUCAGCAGCAGAACCAGAACCAGCAGCAGCAGCAGCAGCAGCAGAAUAAACGGAACUACCAGCAGUACCAGCAGCAGAACCUUGGCCAGCGGAGGAGCGAGGGCCAUCGAGGGCAGAGACCCCCUCCUCAAGAAGGCCGCAGGUACGCGCAGGGCAAGCGACCGGUGAGGACCCCGCCUGGCGUUAAUCCACGAAGAUAUGAAAUGUGAUGUUACUUCCGAAAACCCUGUGAAAUCUUGCGUAAGGUUAUAACAUUUUUAAAGAUGAUGAACAUAGGCUGUGGAGACUACUAUAAUUUUUAAUAUUUCGAUAGGUGAUUUUAUAAUUUUAAACAAGACGCUAUUUGACUAUUAUAAUAAAUAAUUAAGGUAA